GAGUCUCUCGAGAGGCUGGAUUAGCCACAAGUUGUGGUGAACCAGGGUAAAAUCGGUGUGCCUCUUACUCGUCUCUUUACUUCUCGUUUAAUUCAUUUUUAUUCCUGCGAUUUUUGAUCAAACGCUAUUCACCCCCCCUCUAGCGUUGGUCUUUUAUUCUAACAAUUGGUAUCAGAGCCUAACUCGCGUCCAAACUUAACCGUUUGAGAGUAAAGCGAUCAUGGCCUCUUCUUCUAGAAAUCUCUAUGCAGGAAUUGGUGAAGGUCAAUCCACUUCUAGGCCACCACUCUUUGAUGGCACCAACUAUUCCUAUUGGAAGGAACGGAUGAGAAUCUAUAUCCGUUCCACCAACUUCCAAUUAUGGUUGGUCAUCAAAAACGGAGAGGAAAUCCCAAUGAAGAAAGUAGGAGAAACCACGGUUCCAAAAACCGAGGACGAAUUUGAUGCCGAGGACAUCAAGAAGAUUGAAAACUAUGCAAAGGCCAUCAAUAUGCUAUAUUGCGCGGUUUACCCCAAUGACUACCGAAAGAUCUCCUGUUGCACAACCGCCAAGGAGAUGUGGGACAAGCUUGAGGUGACGUACGAAGGUACCGAUCAAGUUCGCGAAGCAAAGAUCGACUUUCUCACCCAAGAGUACAAAAUGUUCCGGAUGAAAGAAGGUGAGAAAAUUGAUGACAUGUUCGACCGGUUCUCAAAGAUCAUCAACGAUCUUCAUGCUCUCAAAAAGACUUACACCAACAAGGAUCUCGUGAGGAAAAUCCUGCGCAGCCUCACACCCGAAUGGAGGUCUAAAGCCGAUGCAAUCUAUGAAUCCAUUGGAGUCUCCAACGUCACCAUCGACGGGCUAAGAGGUAACCUUAAAACCUAUGAAUCUACUAUUCUAACCCCGUCUUUGGAUGAACAAAAGAAAAAGGGGAUAGCUCUCAAAGCUACCAAGGAACCGGUGGAAGAGGCUUCAAGCGAUGACGACAAUGAAUUCGGGCUCGUCAUCAAGAAGUUCCACAAGUUCAUGAAGAAGGAAUUUGAGCGGAAGGGAAGGAAGCACGACGGUCCUCCCAAGUGUUACGGCUGUGGCGAGAUUGGCCACAUCAAGCCAAGGUGUCCAAAGGCCAAACACGGCAAGGAUAAGCCUGGCUUCAAGAAGCAAAGGGCCUACAUCUCUUGGGGUGGCGAUUCCUGCGACAAAUCAACCGACCAAGAGGAGGACGAAGCUGCAAAUCUCUGCCUCAUGGCGCACGAAGAUCAAAGCGACGACGUCCAAGAGGUAUAUAAUACUCGCUUGGCGAGAAAGGCUUUUUGUGAUGAUCUUGCAGACUCACUUGAAAGAAUGCACAUUGAAGACGAUGAGGAAGACACGCCAUUAUACACCAACCCGCAACCACAACCUGAGGAAACACCUCAAGUGAUGGUCGAAAAUGAGGAUCAAGCGGACGAAGAAGAACACGAGGAAGCCCAGGAACAAGAGAAAACCGAGCUUCCCAUCGCUUGGAGAACGCACAAGAACCAUCCACUUGACCAGCAGCCCACUUCUAGGAACAUCCGGAAGGUAUUGAAAAGAAAGUUCGGUGUUGGAAUGUUGAAGUUAGUGAGUUAAUCGUUGGAAUCAUGUUCAUCGACAUACCCGAAAUUCUAGACAGAAAUUAUCCCUUGACUUCAGGUCUGAUUUACGCUAUCUUACAUAUGUUAAAACGAAAUACUUUCUAUAUGAAAGUUGUAGCCUUACAUAUUAGGAAUCCACAGAAUCAAACGGUUAGCAAUUCCGUGAAGAAACGAUGGAGAUAUGCCCAAAUUACCGCAGGCUGUCCAGUUGUGACGGAAAUGACAAAGUUGGCAAAUUUCGAUGUUGUUUCCACUCUCGCUCAUCUGUAAGGUUUCGGCCGAUGAUUUCCAGGUCUGUACCUUUGCGUUAGACUUGUCGAAUCAUUCAUCAUAUGCGUACAUGAACAUAUAUGUUAAUCCAUUUGUUGAAAUCAUUCCAAAAUAUAUAUGUGACGCAUAUAUAAGUCAUCUUUGUGUUAAGACCAUAAUACACCAAAUCCAUAAAGUUAUUAUAUAAAUACGUGAGUAUAUAUAAACAUUUGAAAUCAACCCAAAAAUAUGUAUAUUUCAAUCAAAGGUGUUUAAAAGACUUAAAGAAGUAUUUUGGACACUCAAAAUAUCAAGAGAUGGAUUCGCAGACCCAAACGGUCGACGCAAACGGUCGACCGUCGUAUUAAAUUUUGAAACGGACCACGACUGUCAGCCAAACGGUCGACCGCCGGUGGCUGACGGCCGACCGUCGCAUGCCCAGCCGAAGUCCGCCAUUUGCAGCCAGUCAACAAUGGUCGACCGCCGGUCAACCGCGGUCGACCGUCACAGUAAUCCGGCAUCUCGAUGCAAAGAAGAUCAAGGUCGACCGUCCCUCCAAACGGUCGACCGUUCCGAGCCCCGUAGCUUAAUUAAAUGAUAUUUUUAUCAAGUUUCAUCCAAAUAAAAUAAAGUAUAUUUAUCCAAUCAUGUUGUUUACAAAUUGUUCAUAUCAUGUGAUUCAUUUCAUCAUCCAUAUUGAAACAUAUCACAUCAUGUGCAUGCGCAAGAGAUCAGGCAGAAGUGCGUCUCUUGUAGUGUGAUGUGCGGGACUUAUUAGUCCGACAUCACCCGUUCCGGGCUUAGUGUACGUACAUGGUAUUCAGGUUUUGAGUACCACCCCUACUUUCUAGUCUCCCUUGAGAGACUAAGGCCGCGUGAGUUCGUCGUACCAAAUGGGCGAAUUUCAUAGCGCAAGGGUGUCCUUGCUCGUUAGAAUCAUGCAUCAUGUUAUCAUCAAGUACAUCUUUUAUUACAUAAGUAUCAUGUAAUCAUCCUCACAAGCAAUUUGAUUAAUUGUGCCAUCGUGUAAUUAUCAUUAAAUAUUUACCAUCAUG